GAAUGAGAACAUUUUUAUUCUGCAAGUGGACAAAGAUUGGCAAGUGAGGGAGGUGGUGGGGGGAGCAGUUCUCCCGCAUAGAAUUGCAAUGGAAAAAAAUCAGAACGCAGAGCAGCAGAUCAGAUCCUCAGCUUCCAGCCUCCCUCGCAUCUGAGCUCCACGGCAUCACUUCCUAAUGCAGCCACAAGGCAGCUCUAAAAAUAGAAAAAUCCUAAUAAGACACACAAAAGGCAGGAAUUAAGAUGGAAAACAUAUCCCUGAAUUUUUUCUCCAACUUGUCGAGGAGGUCAGAGUGGCUGAAUGGAUCGAUGCCUCAGAUCAUUCCCAACUUUUAUCUGGCUUUGCCCAUCAUCUAUUCUAUCAUCUGUGCUGUUGGACUGACAGGAAACACAGCUGUUAUUUAUGUUAUUCUCAAGGCACCAAAAAUGAAGUCGGUCACCAACAUUUUCAUCUUGAACUUGGCUAUCGCCGAUGAACUCUUCACACUGGUGCUGCCCAUUAACAUAGUCGAUUAUCUGUUACUACAGUGGCCCUUUGGUGAGUUUAUGUGCAAGCUUAUUAUAUCCAUUGAUGAGUACAAUACCUUUUCCAGCCUAUACUUUUUAACGGUCAUGAGCAUUGACCGAUAUCUAGUGGUUGUAGCAACUGUAGAGUCUAAAAAGUUGUCUUACCGCACCUACAGGGCUGCGAAAAUUGUAAGUCUCUGCAUAUGGAUUUUCGUUACUAUCAUAAUAUUGCCUUUUGUUAUCUUUGCCAAGAUUCACAAGGAGCAUGGCCGCUUGCAGUGUCUUUUUGUAUUUCCCAAUCCAGAGAGCCUGUGGUGGCAAAUGAGCCGAAUCUACACUCUUAUCAUGGGCUUUGCAAUCCCUGUGUCCACCAUCUGCAUUCUGUAUACCAUGAUGCUUUACAAAUUAAGAAAAAUGCGCUUAAACACAAAUGCAAAAGCCUUAGAUAAAGCCAAGAAGAAAGUGACUUUCAUGGUUGUGGUCAUCCUUGCAGUGUGUCUCUUCUGCUGGACUCCGUACCAUCUCAGCACGGUGGUGGCCCUAACUACCGAUAUCCCACAGACUCCAGCAGUACUUGGAAUAUCCUUGUUCAUAACAAGCUUGAGUUAUGCAAACAGCUGUCUCAACCCCUUCCUCUAUGCCUUUUUAGAUGAUAGUUUUAGGAAAAGCUUUAGAAAAUUGUUAGAAUGCAGAUCAUCAUGAUGAGCAAUUACAUCAAAUUAGGGUUUCCAAAUAUAUAUAGUAAUGUGAGGGUAUUGUCUUGCUCCUAUUCUUUGGGGUCAAGGUUUAGAGCAGCAAAGUUGCCGGCCCCUUUAUUUAACUCCUUAAUUGCUGUUGACAAGUCGGGCUUGUCUUCUGAGCAUUGGGUUGACAAAAACACCAUGAACAACCAUACCUGGGAUAUACAGGAGCCUCUGAAGAAUAUAGAUAUAUUAUUCUUGUGUAUGCAGAUAUGACGCCUCCUUGCAAUUAUAUUGUAUGCAUUUGCACAGGAUAGGCUGCAAUUCUUAUACCUAUCCAAUUCUGCUUGUGAUUUUGGUUUUAAGGAAAUAAAGAUGCUAUAGCAUCACUCGCUUAUGGGGUAAUAGGGCUUUUAUAACUACUGCACACAAUUUUUAUUGUAUUGUUGCAUCUUAAUUCACAUAUAUAUAUAUAUAUAUAUAAAUACAUAUAUUAUUAGUUCAAAUGUUGAGCAACAAUAUCUGGAGACAAUGAAAACAUGGAUGUGGCUAGCAAUGAAGAGGACUUUGGAAUACCAAAUUAAAUGUUUUUGAGUGCCUUGCUUUAUUCAGAUGCAGUAUGUUUCAGAUAACUGUAUGCUUCGAAAUAAAAACUGAUCAUUUACCCAAAA